UACUCCCAAAAUGUAAUUGAUUUUGGAACUUCAGGAGGUCCCAUGGCAGUAUUUGGGGAUUUCAUUUAUAUCAUGACUAGUGUUGGACGUAGUGUCGUUAGUGUCCAUAACACAACAGAUCAACGUACGAGACGUAAAUAUUUUCUUCCUGUAAACAACGCUUAUCUUGAUUUGGCUGUAGCAAUACACAGUAUCACUCCUGACAAAAACGCGACAAGCACUUUUCACUUUCCUUUGUGUGGAUCCAACACAUACUAUCGUAAAAUUAAUGGAGCAUUGAACUGCACGUGUAUGGAAGGAUACUUUGGAGAAUGUAACUCGUGCAGGAGAGACGCAAAGGAAGAAGUGGUUUCAAUUUACAGCGCCAACUUUUCAGACAUUCCUCCACACCGAGAUCCUUACUACAUCAAAGUAUAUCGAUGUGUUAUUGAUAGUCAUUCUUGGCAAUGUGUUAAAGGCUGGCCGAAGCCAAAGUUUCAACGAGAAAUCAAGAUUGUUGUUCCUGAUUUGCAAAACCAAACCAAGUUCUACAAAUAUAUCGUUUAUAGUCAUACAUCUUGCAGAUGUCAAACACAAAAUCCAACAGAUAAUUUUGAUCUUCACAAAAACAUGUCGUCUCAUGAAAUUACUAAGAAAGAAUUUCUUUCGGAAGUUUCAAAGAACCCAUUCAACUUGAGAAGCUGUGAAAGAAGUUAUUGCAACAAGCUUCAUCCUCGUUUUCAUGUGCAUAGUAAACGUAUGGAAGUUACGAGCGAUAAGUUGUUCAUACAGUUCCAUCAAUGUCUACCUGGUUGCAAUGAACAAAUCGACGAACUUUCCAUUCCAACAUUCUUGAGGACUGGUGUGAAAUUUAACGAGGCGAUAAGAAACAGCACAUCUUGUAGCCCAUACUGA